GGAUGUGCGAGUGGACCAACCACGGAAAUGUAGGGCAGAUAGGGAGGAGACAACGAGAGCAGACAGAAGGGAUUCAUUUAGAAAGUGUUCACGCAGUCAGCUGUUCGACUUCUCCAUUAUCAGGUAACCGUAAAUUGUUUUAACUUCAACUGGAUUCCAGUUAUUGUUAGUUUCUUCAGUAUAGCCAUGUGCAACUGUUAAUUUGUUCGGGUGGGAACCUUUCGGCGACGGGACUUAUUUCCACACGGAUUACUGUCCUGCUGGGACCGUAAAUAUACUGUCGUCGCCGUUUCUGCGGGGAGAGAACGAUGAAGAUUCAGUGAAUAUUUAGUUACAAUUUCAAUGAGACAAACAAACAUUUUCAGUCGACGUGGACGCAGAGUCGUUAAGUUCGCUGCUUCCGGUGCCAAAGUGUGAUUAAAUCUGGAAAUGGAGUCGUGUCGGCGGACAGGACUCAGCGGGGUCCUGUGCUCCCUGUCUCUGCUCUGUGUCAUCCUGGACAUCCAGCUGGACGGUGUCUUAGGGGCAACCCAUGGUGAGAUCGAGCACCACUUGGAGAUGGGCCGCAAACUCUUGGCAGCUGGUCAGCUGGCUGAGGCCUUGUCCCACUACCACUCUGCUGUGGAGGGAGACUCUAAGAAUUAUCUUACCUACUACAAGCGAGCUGCAGUGUUUCUGGCUAUGGGAAAAUCUAAAUCUGCUCUGCCAGAUCUAACCAGAGCCAUCCAACUCAAGCCUGACUUCUUGGCUGCGCGGCUGCAGAGAGGGAAUAUCCUACUGAAGCAGGGCAACACACAGGAGGCCAGGGAGGACUUUGAAGCAGUGCUGCAGCGUUCUCCAGACCACGAAGAGGCUCAUGACCAGCUGACGAAAGCGAAUGAGCUGGAGGAGCUGCAGGAGGACGCCCAUGCUGCAUACCAUCAAGGAGACUACAGCACUACCAUCACUGUGUUGGAGAGAGUGAUAGAGAUCUCUCCCUGGGAUCCCGAGUCCAGGGAGCUUCGUGCAGAGUGUUACAUCCGGAUGGGGGAUCCGCAGAAAGCCAUCCAGGAUCUGACGCCGACAACGAGGCUCCGCAACGACAACCGCGCCGCCUUUCUGAAGCUCAGCAUGCUGCACUACAGCCUCGGGGAGCACCACGAGUCACUCAAUCACAUCAGAGAGUGUCUGAAGCUCGACCAGGACGACAAAGAGUGUUUCAGCCACUACAAGCAGGUGAAGAAGCUCAGCAAGCAGCUGGACUCGGCAGAAGAGCUGAUUCAGGAGGAGAGAUACCAAAAUGCCAUUGAAAAGUAUGAAUCAGUGAUGAAGACGGAGCCUAAUGUGCAAUACUACACCAACCUGGCAAAAGAGAGGAUUUGUUUCUGUCUUGUCAAGGUCAAGUUGGCCAAUGAGGCGAUAGAUGUGUGUUCAGAGGCUCACCAGAGAGAUCCUCGCAACGCCAACGUCCUCAGAGACCGAGCAGAGGCCUACAUCCUCAACCAGGACUACGAGAAAGCUGUGGAGGACUACCAGGAGGCGAGAGAGUUUGAAGGCGACAACAACGAGAUCAGAGAAGGACUUGAACGAGCACAGAAGCUGCUCAAAAUCUCUCGUAAGAGGGACUACUAUAAGAUCCUCGGUGUUAGCAGAAACGCCAAUAAGCAGGAGAUCAUCAAGGCGUACAGAAAGCUGGCACAGCAGUGGCAUCCUGAUAACUUCCAGUCCGAGUCCGAAAAGAAAGAAGCAGAAAAGAGGUUUAUCGACAUCGCAUCAGCUAAAGAGGUCCUCACCGACCCAGAAAUGAGACAGAAGUUCGAUGCAGGUGAGGAUCCACUGGACCCAGAGAACCAGCAGGGUGGAGGUGGAGGACAACAGGGCUGGCCUUUCCACUUCAACCCCUUUGAGUCUGGCGGCAGCUUCCACUUCAAGUUCCAGUACAACUAGACGGCAGGACUUUACGGACACACGGGGGGUAGUGCCAUUUUUAAACAGAUGGGAAUUUGGGGGAAGACCUGUGUUGGAUUUAUGGAGACGUCUUCCUCAGAACAUGCGCUUCAGCUUGAACGCAGUUUAGUUGUUUACUCGAACUUUUGAUUUUUAAAAAAUCCGGACUUCUUUACACGAAAACUAAGGAGUGAACUGUGGCUACUGGUGAAUUAGGUUGUCGGUGUUGAAGAAAAUGAAGUCUUGUUUGAACCCAUCGAGCUCCACAAGAAGUGGAGAGGUGGGGGUUGAAAUCAGUCGAUGUGGGACAUUUGGGAUGUCUGCUCUCAUUGCUUAUUUCUUUCAUUGUGCCAUUCUUUGAACCUUCGCUGAGACACUUUUUUUUUUUUUUUUAAAUGCAGUAACUUUUGCUUGGACAUUACAUAGAAAGAAUGUCACUAUGUUGGUGUUCUGCUUGCAGUAUUCUUUACUGGUUUACUGAUCUCAAUCUGCAUUUUUCACCUCGUUGAAGCAACUCUACACUAGAGAACCAAGAUUUUUAUAUUUAAUGACAUGAACAGAUCUGUGUUGUUGAGCUCAUAUAUGAUAUAUAAUGGUGACAAAGCACUAUUACAUGAAACUUGUGGGUGUAAAAGUUUAGAAAUCCUAUGGAUCUUAAAUCAGUGUAGGUGCUCCGUGAUUGAUUUUGAUGUUGCUUUAAUUUCGCAGUUGUUUCUAAUUGGAAUAAUGUGUGAAUUCUGGUUAAAACGCCCAAAAUAACUGAAAAAAGUUCAGCGUUUCCUGAACAAAAGCGUAGCAAUUGAUGACUGCAUCAAGAGUUGUAGUAUUUCUCUUUCCCUUUUCUUUCUUUUCAAUGCACAUCUUUGACAACUUGCACUUUUAACCUUUGUUUGAAAAACCACUCCGCAACUUCUCCACUCCUGAAAUGUUACUGCAGGCUUUUAAAAGCCUUUCAGAGACUCUUUACAAACCGAGUGUGUCUUCAGCAGCUUUUUGAGAACCUCAUUUAUAAAUAGACCUCACAGAAAAGUGCAUGUGUCAAAUGUUAGACUGAGCUGCAGCUCGAAUUCCUGAAGUAAACUGUAGGUACUUCAUAAACAGAAUAUUUGGAUAAUAUUUAUCCAGUGGGUCGCACCGACACACAAAUUGAAAACUCUACAAUUAAAUUCGUAAAUGAGGCUCUGAUUGUGCAGUUGUGUAAGACACACAGCAGCACCAGAACAAAGAGAAUAUUAUUUUAAAGACGUUUUUCUUUUUUAGCACAAUUUAAGUUAUUUUGCCAUUAACAGCUUAGGGACACAGUGACUGUAAACUGCUUUUACUGCUCGAUUGUGUGAACCAAAAUGUGACAGGCUCUUUGUAUUUAAAUCUGAAUGGGACGGUUUUGUUUCUGGGUUUCCUUUUAGGGUGUCUAUUGUUAGUGGCAUCAGUUUUUCUGUUGCCAAACUCAAUCAGCUGACAUGCUCAAGUGUAUUAAAAUAUUGAAACAA